UCUCAAAACAUAGUGUGACUUCAAUUUCGAAGUUAGUUUUUAAAAAGUUUAUGGUGUAUGUGAUGAGUUAAAAAGUAGUUUUUACUUAGUUCAAAAUGGGAAAACGAAAAUAUAAUGAAGAAACAGAGGGUCCUGAUAAUAAAAACAAAAAAUUGAGUGAAAUACAAAGUAUAACAAUAGAUGAAAAUGAAGAUCAAAAUGAAACCGGUCAAGAGAAUAAUCAAAAUACUUCCUCAAAACAAAAUAUUUUUGACUUGAAACACUUUCGGAAGGAGUUAACGAAAAAACAAGGUCAAACAAUGGUUUUAACACAAUUUUUACAAGUUUGUUUGAAUCCAGACAGUGGUGCUGAUUAUUUAUUAGAGUAUUUAAAAGUGGGGGGCAACUCUCAUGAAAUUUUAAAACAAAUCUCUACUGACAAUAAGAAGAACCUUACUCUAGCAACUCCAACCUUUCAUAUAUUUCAUCUUAUAAUUCUCAAAGUUCAAUCUUCCAUGCCACACAUGAUAGCUGUAACAGAAGAAGCUUGUCGCUACUUCCUCAACACAUUCAUACCAACAGUUGAAAUUAUGAUAAGUGAGAAUUCGGGACCUCGGCACAGGAAAGUCAUUUUGAACCUAUUGACAUCAAUGGUUACAUUGAACUCAGAUUUAGGUGUUGAAGUACUAAGUCAGGUGCCUCUCACACCCAAGCACUUACAAUACAUUGUUGAAAAGCCUAAUUAUAAAGAGAAAGACAAUGUGAGAACAGCAUUUGUGCAUUUCAUGACCUCCUUUCUUGUUGACGGACAUUUACCGCUAAUAAAAGCUUUGCUGGAAAAACAAGGGCUGCUAGGAUUGGUAAUACCAGGCCUAGUUCAAGAUGAGGCAGAAGCUGUAUUAAUGUUCUUAAAUAUUCUUAAGAAAAAUGUGAUUGAUAACAAUCUUAUAUCAAAAACAUUGAAACUCAAAACAUUUAGCCACCAAGUACUGCAUAAUUUAUUUAAAUUGUUUAAUUGGAGAGGGCCUCCAGAGAUAAGUCAAGAGUUAAAAAAUGAGGCACGUCCAGAAAUAGUACAGCUACUCUCCAAUAUAAUGUUGACCUUAUUUACAUCUCAUAAGUACGGUCUAUACUUCGUUGACCAUAGUCUAGGAACUAGUGAUUUGCAUAAAAAUCAAAAUUUAUAUAAGACCUUGUUGAGUUUGAAAAGACCUUGGGAGAAUAAAGAUGAGGCUGAUGUUGUUCUUCAGAUAAUCCUAAAAUGCCCUGACUUACAUAGAGCUGUUGUUCAUAUUAUAGAGCAAUCAUUUCAACCACAGCAUUCACCAAUAUGGGAAAGAGCAACACAUUUUGUUGUGCAACUUUUAGAUACAGUUAAGCCUGAGGAUUUGAUCCCUAGAUUGCACACAUUGAGCUCAACACAAGCAGCCAAUUUUAUUAGGUUUAUUACAAUACCAGUCCCAUUGUUAAAAUUAAUUCAAGCAAAUUUUCAGGCAGAUCUAACAAUUUCUGUAUACUGUGUCAAAGUGUUAGUAAAAAUGUUGCAAUCAUUAAAGAAAUAUUUGGAUAUUUUUGAAAUGGAAGAAUCCAUUGAAAUAUUAACUGAUUUAAAAAGUAGAUUAGAAAACUUUUUGCCCAGGCAUUUGCCACCUUCAAAUGUUAUUGUUUCACUUAUGAACAAGAUUAUAACAAAUGAAAAUGAAGGAACUGAGAGUUCACAACACUAUAAAUUGCCAAAAAUCAAUGCUACUGACUCCUUAUUGCAUAUAAUAGACUUGUUACUUUUGUAUAAUAGUAUUUAUCCAGAUUUUUUCGAGAACCUCGAAAGCAGCAUAGAUAUGAAAAAAAUUCUUGACUUUACUAAAACAUUGUCUUCAGAUAAUGUGGCACUUCUAAAGUUUAAAGUUAUAUCUUUAUGGUUAAUCCUAGAUCCGUCAGCAAUUUCUUUGAAGAAUACAAUAUUUAAGGAACUUUUUCUCAUAAUGUUAGAAGUGUUUACAAGUGAAGAUACAACUACUUGGAAUCAAGCGAAAGAAACAUUAUAUGAAUUCUUGAAAAGCACAGACAUUUUUGAAGCUAAUGAUGAUGAAAUACUUUUAAUGUUAUAUACAUUGAGAAAUGUGACAGUUAAUCCAAUUUCACUCAUAGUGGAUGUUGUUGAAUAUGUUUUAGAGAAUAAGAAUGAUUUGGUUGAAUAUACAAGAAGCCAAAUGGGAAAUUUUAUAGUUGGUGUUGAUAGUGUUGCAUCAAACAUAGAUGAGGUUCUUACUGACCUGAUGAAUAAUAGGAUUACUACAGGAAGUGUAUAUUUAGAAAACAAACUACCCUCACCUUUUAUAAUUGGUUGUAUGCAAUAUAUUCAAAGUAACAGAGAUGCAAAAAAAGGUUUGAAAAAAUUUCUCUCACUCUAUAUUGCAAAUUUGUAUCAUAGCAAUUGUAUAGCAGAAUUAUCUGAGGCACUAAUUGGGGACUCAAAAUUAGAAGUUAGAAGCUAUGUCGCUGAUUGUACUAUAAAUCCAACACCUUUGCCUGAUUCUAUUUUAAAAGAUGAUGUUUUGCUUAAAAUAUCCAGGUCGGUAAUUGAAGAUGAAGAGUUAUCUGUUAAUCAGGUCUUUUCAAACCUUGAAGAGUGUCAUGGUGCAAAUGAUUUGAUAGUUAAUGAUAUCCAUUACAAGAUUAAUGUUACAGAAUCAUUAGACAGUUCACAGCUAUUUAUUUGGGGUAAAUAUUUAAUAUUCUGUGUAAUACAACUGUCCAAAUAUGAUAAAUUAUCAGUGGCUAAACAAAAAAAGAUACAAAGCUACUUCAAAGCAAUAAUCUGUACUGGAAAGAAACAUCAUAAAAUGGAUUUUUGUCGCUCUAUGUUAUUAAAUCUGUUCAAGAAUGCUCAUAUUCGUAAGAUUUAUAGAGCUUUAGAUACGAAUAAUAACCAAUCAUAUAUUUUAGCCACAGACUUUCUGUUGCAUGUGAUUAUUAGCAAUAGAGAUAUUGUAAAUUAUUUGAAUAAGAAACAUUUUAUUCUGAGACCAUAUCAACAAAAGACUUUAACAGAGAUUGUUAAAGCAUUUAUUAAAAUAAAUAAAAGAAAGAAUAUUAAUUGUGACCAUACAAUAGCUGUGCUCAAUGUUGUUGGUCUCUCCAAUGAAGAUGACAUUAAAGUGCUCAAUCAUGUUUUUGACAUAGAAUUAGCAUCAUGUGUUAAAGAUGACAAAGAACCAAGUGUAGUCCUUGAAGUUCUGAGAAUUUUACUUGAUAAGUAUUCUAAGUCAAUAUCAUUAGAACUUACUCCAGAUAUCAUAAAGAAGAGUAUAAAAUUAUAUACAGAAAUGCUCGUAUAUACAGAAGUUACAACAAAUUUAACCAAUUUAGAACUAACAUUGAUUUCAUAUUUUGAAAACAAACCACAUCAUGCCAUAUUUGUAACUGAUGAUGACUUUCGAAAAUUCUUUAAAGCAAAUACAGUACGAAAAACCACAGCAAGCUUAGCAAGUUCUUUACUGCAAUUAAAUGUAUGUUUUUGUAAUGUAUUCAAAUCUGAAUUGGAUAGACAAGAUAUAUUAAGUCACAGGGAACUAACAUUGCCGCUGGCAAAUGCGGCUAUUGAACACUCACAUUUUAUUGCAGAGAAUAAUGAUUUCUUGCAGAAGCUAUAUGAAGAGUAUAAACUGAAUAUAUGGAAAUUUUUAGAAAAACCGCAUAAAGUUGGACAAGUUUACAUUCAAAGUUGGCUGUUGAUUAAAAAACUUGCAGUUACAUGUAUGUCUGAGGAGGACUGUAUGAAGUUAUUCUCAAAAAAUCAUAAAUUUGAAGCUCUAGAAAUAUCUCAUAUAAGACUAACUGAGGCUAUACUUACAAGGAUAUAUUCCAAGAAGGACAUUAAAAUUGAUUAUUUUUGCAACUAUGCUUUAUCAAUGCUCAGUUUAAUUUCCACUUCGCUAAAAGAUGACAAAUUAUCAGAUAUAGAUGAAGUUAUAUCAAUAGUUUAUAAUACAACGAAAAUAGAUAAUAUUGAAUCAUACAGUGAUAAAGAAGAUUUAAAAAAAAUAAUUGAUACAGCGACAUGGCAGAACUUUUGUAAAAUUGUUCUAAAAUCAGCACUUAAAGUCAGUAAUAUAAAUGAAGAUAGAUGUUAUGGGCCUAAAUUAUUGUGUUUAUUGACUUCAUUUGUUACACUUCUAUAUCCGACAGACAACAGUGAUAUAGUAACACUGUUUGAUAUGGUUACAUCUCACUCUGAGUUCUUAAAUGUUAUGCUGAGCUUACACAGCCCUGAUAUUAAAACACGCUUAUUACAAUUCAUCUACACAUUAAUGCAGAUGAAUAAGUCAGUGAUGAAAAGUCAACAAAUUCCAGUGUUUUUAAGUGCCUACCAUGCAACAAGAUCUCCGUCAGAUAGGCUGAUAUUAUCAAUUCUGCAAUUUUACGAAUCCAAUGGCCUGCCAGUCAAUGAUUAUAAGCCGUAUAUAUGGGGAGAUUCAGCGGCAAAUUACUAUGCAGUCAGAAAAAAAAGAAACUCAUCCCUUUGGAGUCAUCCCACACCAAACCAAGUUCUAAACUUAUUUGAUAGAGAAGUCAUUGACGUAACUGUCCGAAAUUAUCCAGUUACACAAAAAUUAAAUUAUUAUUUUCAACUGCCGCCAAAUUGUAAUGAGAUUGAAGAAGGAAACGUCAAAAUAUACAUCCGAAAAUUGACGGUAAAAUCAGGAAAUGUAGCUACUGAAAAUAAUUUAAAACAAAGUGAAUUUACGAAUACUAUGAAAUUAAUAGGUAAAGAUGCGCUGGUGGUUUCUCAGACGGAUUACAAUGUUGCAAUAUAUGAUCCAGCAUUUAUUUUCCCGCUUUUAAGUCACCUAUUGGCGCCUGGAUCUAUGGCGUCUUGUUUUAAGCUAUUGAGGUGUGGUAUGCUUUCUGUGGUGGUGAUGGGACUUAGUUCUCAGUGUCCUUUGAUGAGAGCAGCGGCCUUCCACGUGUUACAUCGGUUCUGCCUACUGUUGGAAACAGAGACGAGACACAAAAACGAUAAGCUUCUUCUUACUGACUUCAUAACAACACUACGCCACAGCUUGCGCACAGCAAUCAAUCAGCCAGACCAAGAUGAAUACUUCAGAGACUUGAAAAAUCCAAAACUACCCGCAAUCGACGCGUUGUACCUCGCCAAAGUACUGACCGUGUGCACGUCACCUUCAGACCCACUCUACAAACCUGCAAACAACUUCUUAAUAGCCAAACAGUUCGUAGACCUCACAGUCGUACCAGAUUUUCUGAGCCUCUUUCAUGAUAACGAAGUUGAAUUAAUUGAUCGCAGACUAUGGAUUCUGGAAAUAAUUAGAGAUGGAACUAAAACAAUGGUUGAUGUCAAUGUGAUAUUCAAAACUAUGUGUCUUAAGAUGAUAAUGGAUUUUUAUACAACUGUGCUCUGUGACAGAAGAAGUAAAGUUAAAAUAUUAGGAGUUAUUAAAUCUAUAGCAGCAAUACCCAGAGCUUUCGAAAUAUUGCUAGAAGGAUAUUCACUUAUGGCUUGGAUGAAUUCUAUAAUGUCGUAUAUUGCAAAUGAUAAAAGUAUUGUUAAAGUAAUUAUAAAUUUAAUUGAAACAAUAAUUCACAGUUUAAAUAUAAUUGCAAUCUCGAAAGUUAAACCUAACAGUAACAAUACAGAAAUUAAAGUUAAAAGUGAUGUUGAGUAUGAAGUAUUGGCAAUAAUUUACGAGUUAUUGAAUCAUAUUGAUGCUGUAGACGUCCUCGAAGUCGUAGAAUAUGUUAAACUGUAUAAUUUAAUAUCGAAACGAACAUUGAAGUUCUUGAGUAAGAAGCAAUUGACGAAUAUUGUUACAAAAUGUAGUUUAAAAGUGAAAGAUUUCGAAAGCGUUCACGUUAUAAAACGGGCUAUGGCGACGAAGGAUUGUAAUCUGUUGAAAAGCAGGCUUAUUGAUGGGAAUGAUAGCAAUGCAGUGCUGGUUACUGAGUUACAUUGCCUUGUUGGUAACUACGUGCUGUGAUCUGUAUAUUUGUAAAAACAUUAAAAUAAAUAUAUUUUGUUAUCACUA